UCUCAAUCUGUCAACUGCUUUCGCUUCCGUGUAAACUGAAACUGGCACCGAAGGCAGUGCAAUGGCUGGAUUUAACAAGCCAGAAAAAAUUCCAGAAGAUUGCAUUGGGAAAAUCAAGGAGCUGUUUGCCGCUGAAAACCCUGCACAAAUUGCGCAAAAGAUUGCUAAGCUUUUGCAGCUAUAUGGCUGUUUUAAGAUAGAUAUCGCUGUGACUGGAGAGUCUGGUUCUGGAAAGUCUUCUCUCAUCAAUGUAUUCCUAGGACUGCAUCCUGAUGAUGUCGGGGCAGCUCAGACCGGAGUAACGGAAACCACAAUGAGAGCAACUCAUUUUCAGCAUCCAAAUGUCCCCCAGUUCAGACUGUGGGAUCUUCCAGGCAUGGGCACACCCACCUUUAAUUCAAAUAGUUAUGUAAAGGAAAUGAACCUUGACAUAUAUGACAUGUUUAUAGUAGUCAUAUCUGAGAGAGUCAGAGAAAACAACAUUCUUUUGGUUGAUACAAUUUCGCAACAAAAGAAGCCGUUUUAUGUUAUCAGAACCAAAAUCGAUAAUGAUAUGCGGUCCCAGAGACGGAAACGUAACUUCUCUGAAGAAAAUGCAUUGAAUAAAAUGAAAGAGGACUGUGAGAAGUAUUUGAAGGAGAAGAACCUGGACUGCCACGUGUUCCUAGUUUCAGCACACGAGCCAUUGAAUUAUGACAUGCCGAAGCUCAUGGACACUUUCAAGACUGAGGUUCCUCAAAUUAGGGCUGAAUUGUUUGUAAGUUUCCUGGACAAAAUAUUUCAUCGUUGGUUUACAGCAGGGAAUGCUACACUACAUGCCAAAAACACUGGAAAAAUACAAGCUGAAGAUAUUGCAAACUUACACAGUAUGUAUAAAGAGACAGGCUUUGGAGCUGUGAAAGUCAAAGCAGUCUUGGACGCCCUGAAUCACUUUCAGCUGGAUGUUGCAGUUUUGGGUGAGACGGGGUCUGGAACAUCUACUCUUGUAAAUGCCUUAACUAGAAUUGAGAAAGACAUGUAUGGUGCAGCAUCAGAGUUCAUCGGCAACCCAGCAGUGAGUUCUGAAUACAGAGGUGUCCGGUUCUGGGACAUAUCUGGCGUAGAAGGAUUCAUGGCCUCAAUGUAUGAGAUGAAACAAGAUUUGCGUAAUCAUGACUUCUUCAUCAUUGUCGUAUCAGACUGGAAGGAAGCACGGCAUAUAAAACUAGCCAAAACUGUCAUUGAGUUACGGAGGCGUUUCCUUUUGGUCCAGACAAAAAUCGACUGUCAUCUACAGGGUCAAGGAGAUCAAUGCUGUACUGAGAGCGAAAUACUUGAUGGGCUUCGGGCACAGUAUACCAGAGAACUUCAGAGGGCAAACCUGCAGGAACUGCAGAUUUUUCUCAUCAACAGCCUCGACAGAGAUGGACAGGACUUUACGUAUUUGGAGAGUGCACUGGCCUUUGAACUCAACGAAAUCAGGACCAUCGCAUUUGCACAUUACAUAGCAAAACUACUCUGAAAAAAGUAACAGCCCAGAAACAUGUCCUAGUAACAUGGCCUGGUAAACUACCAAACCUGGUUAGGGUGUUGACAAAAUGUUAAAGUCGAUUUGGUUAAGUGUCUUUCAAAUCAAAAAUUGUAAAUGUACAUGCAUGAUACCAUGAAGUGCUUUAAAAUGAUUUAAUUUCUUAUCUCAUCACACUAUUUAAAGUUCAUUGUUAUGUGUUUUACUUUCUUUUAAUGCCAAUGAGAAAGAUAUUAGCAUUUUGAUCUUAGAACUGGAAUGUGAUUUAAUGCAUUAAUGUGAAAGGGAUUUGCAAAUAAUCCAUACGUAUGUAAUAUAUACUGUACAGUACACUACUAUUCAAAAGUUUAGGGUCCCUUUGUAAGUGAAGUCUCUUGAACUUGAAAGCUUCUGUAAAAGAAAAAAGUAUAUAAAAUAAUGAAAUGUCAGAGAUGUCAGUUAAAAUGGUUUGUGUGUUGUUGGUUGACUGAUGUUAAUGCAUAUUUUGAUUCCUGUCAACCCUUUAUCCCAUCAACAAUUAAAGAAAAAAGCCCCAAAAUGUGUUUGUUGCUGGCAUGAGGUGGCAAAUUUCUUGAUGUUCUUUUAAGUUGUGACACUACAUAUAAUGACAAUAUAAAGGAUCACCAUGUAAUCUUUCUAUUAGAGGGUGUUUGUUGAUGCCUUUUGAAUUAAAUGUAUUAUUUAUUUUAUAGAUAUUGACCUAAACAGAGUUCUUAAACACGAUGUGAAAACUCCCUUAUUAUCAUCACUAUAUGGGGUGCACUCUUUUCAUGUUGUUUGUUCAAAUUAACUGUUAAGUUCAUCUUUAAAGCUGAUGUAAUAUAAAUUGUGUGUUGAAAUGA